ACAAACCGUGCGUUCGUUAUUUUGGUCUGAGUUCUCCGAGCUUGACUUUACCGUUCGUUUAUUCAAAAAGUGUACUCGGUGUAUCCUCAUUCGCGUUCGUUUAUUAAAAUUUCUGGCACUUUUAUACAGCGUUCAACUGCUCUGUUCGCUCGCUGGUCACGUGAUUACGGCUCCGCUCUGCACGCUCUGCUCUUCGAGCAAAAUACCGAACGCAAGGAAACUACGUGUUAUUUGUUGUUGUUUGGUUUUUAAAUUUCUUGCUGGCAUCGGAUGCAUUUAUUUAUUUUGCGGUGUUCUUUUUGAAUUAACUACUUAGAAGUUUUGUGUUUUUCUCCGAUAAAAUUCCAAUUUACUUAGUGGGAAAAAAUGAAAAUUGCUAGUCCUAGUGAAAUGUCGUUGAUGUGCAGACUUUGUCUAAUGAAAGAUAAAAAGCAAGUGAAUAUUUCAAUUUUCGAAGAUCGGAGUGAUAAUAAACUAUUAGUUAAAAUUAGUGCCUUGUUACCCAUUAAGGUAUCCAAAGAAGACCAACUACCAAAGAAAAUCUGCAAUGAAUGCUCAAAUAAGUUAAACUUCUUGUACGCGUUUCGUAAUACCGCCUUAGAAUCGGAACAGACUUUAUUGUCUUGGUUUAAUGAUGAUGAUAAUCUAACCAUCAACCCUUUAGCAGAGACUGUAGUCAAAGAAGAAGUUGAAGUUGAUGAAGAAUCUCUUCAUUUAGAUCUUCUUCAAUACUCUCCCAGCAAUAAGUUUCGAAAGGCUGAAGAAGAAGAAACUGAGGAGCCACUAGCAAAACGGCCACGUCAAUCUGAUGCCAUCAAAUCUGAAAUUCAUAUUGCCCCUGAAUCUGAUGAAAACAAUGAUGAGGAUGAACCUGAUACGGUGGAUGUUGAAAUCGUAGCAAAUCUAGGAUAUGAAAGUUGCGAGAAUGACAAUAACGAAGACAUUGAAAAAUUAGAAAAUGAUUUUUCAUCUUCAGAUCCUGAAAAAAGAGCCUACGAUCAACCUGGACCAUCAGAUCUUGGCAAGAGUGAAGCUGAAAAACCAUGCUCACAACUUAGUAGUAGCCCAAGUUUGAGUGAUGAGGUUGAAGAGCAGCACGUAACACCAUCCCAUAUUGGCUCAAAAAAGCAUCGAAUGCAAUCGCAGCAAUCCACACCCUUUUUGAAAGUUUCGAGAGACACCGCCCGUAGCAGUAGAUGGUCUACGCCCUCAAUCGACUCAGUUAGUGAAAUUCCGGCAACAAGCUACCAAGAAAAAGUCAUAAAUGACUUGGAAAGCCUCAAAGCUAUUCAGAAGCAACACACACUAAUUUUACAAGAGAUUCUGUCAACGGUCAGGACGAAGAAUGUUCAAGCACUUACUCGACCAGUUGACACCCCCAAUCUUCCAAUAGAUCAUAAGAAAGACUUCCAAGAUUUUGAAUCCUGGCUCGAAAACCAAACAAACUUCACUUACAUGCGAAGUCGCGUUGCUGCAGUUGGUGGCUCGACUGUUAGAGGUGCAACCAUGAACAUGAUGAAGUUCCUAAUCACAAAUGAAAUUGGGAUGCAAUUCAACUGGGCUGGAUCCGCUCCCAAAGAUGAGCGGUAUCAACAAAAAUAUCCGUUCAAGGAUACAAAGAUGUUUAGUUUAAUUAAUGAUGCUGUGAAGCUAACAUUUGCUGGAAGAGAAACGAUAGUCAAUUUGAGCGACCAGGCGGUUAUAAGGGCAGUGCAAGAUUGGCUGAAGUUAUCUAAAAGUCGCUACACUUAUAACUCUACAAAAUGACAUGUCUCACUUACUAAAUAAAUAUUUCUUUCAAGUCGCGAAUAUAUAGAGGGUGGCCAUUUGAAAACGAAACAGAGGUGAUUUUGGGCUCCCCAAGACAUUUAAGAAAAAACCCUCGUACCCGUCGAUUUUUGAUUUAAGGGGGAACCAUGUUUCUG